CCUGCACCAAAUGAGAUCUAUAUAAUACUUCAGAGUCCAGGCUGAGGGAGAGACUUGGACGGGCAAGAUCCAUCCCUCAGCGUCUCCAGGGCUCAGGCAGGACGAAACUUGGUCUCCCAGACCCCACCAGGAUGUCUCUGAAAAUCUCUUCCUGGCUGCUGCUUUGUUAUUUUGCUGUCCUUCUGGUGGCUUUUCUGGGACAGCGCAGUGAUGGGGCCACCUACGAGGAUUUUGCACGGCAGCACAUCGAUUAUCCCGAAACCGCAGCCGGCGACCCCAACGCCUACUGCAAUCUCAUGAUGAGGCGGAGACAAAUGACCACACACAGCUGCAAAGCCCUCAACACCUUCAUCCAUGGCGAUCCCGACAGCAUUCAGAAUAUCUGCCCUUCGAAAAGAACUUUGUGCUCUUCGAAUUUUUACAACAGCAUCUUGUCUUUCCGUCUCACUCUCUGCAGCAAUAGAGGUCGGUUUCCCAAUUGCGAUUAUACUGGCACUCGAAAGACCAGCAGAGUUCGAGUGGCCUGUGUGAACGGGUGGCCUGUUCAUUUCGCAACCGACCUCGACCUGUAGGCCACACCGCCAGGAAGCUAGAAACCGAAUGAAAUAUUACAGCGGCGGUGACCUAGCUCUGCUUUGCUAAAUGCUUUCUCAGCUUUGGAUCCCUGGGCCAUAUCUCGAGUGCAUCUGAAACUCUUUUAGCGGGUCUUUCUUCUCCCCCGAGAAUCCCAGGACGUUAUUGUAUGGGCUUGGUAACAGCACCCGUGAUGGGAUUUGGCAAGUGCCAGUAACACAAUCCAGUAAUGAAGGAGUUAAUUGUUGCAUGCUAAUACCUAUUGGUUGGGUGGGCUACAUGCAGGUCUGCACGUA